AUGUUCGUAGGGUUGCGAGUUGUACGAGGACCGGACUGGAAAUCUGGCGAACAGGACGGGGGGAAGGGCUGCGUAGGCACUGCGGUCCCUGCCGAGCCCGCAGAGAGUACCAAGGGCGUCUGGGUGCGAUGGGACUCGGGCAGGAAAGCAAAGUACCGCGCUGGUGGAGCAAACGGACAGUACGAUCUGCGGAUUUACGAUAACGCCCAACUAGGAGUGAAGCAUCCAAAUAUGAACUGUGACGGCUGUCAAGAGGACGGUAUCGUAGGAAUACGCUGGAAAUGUCUGGAGUGUCAUGACUUUGACUUGUGUCACAGCUGCUAUAACGAGGGAAAGCAUGACCUGGGUCAUCGCUUCACUAGGAUCGAAACCAACUCAGUUCCAGGGGUCGAGGUUCCCUGUCGAUUGGGCGCCACCAAAUGCCGCUCUUUGGGCAUUUUCCCAGGUGCCAAAGUGGUGCGAGGGCCGGAUUGGGAAUGGGAAGAUCAAGAUGGAGGAGAGGGGGAAAUUGGAACCGUGAAGGAAGUGAUUAGUGCACAGGGAACCCGUCGUACCUGGGUCAAAGUUCAAUGGCCCAACCGCUCUACUAACCAGUACCGGCGGGGUCACGGAGGCAAGCUAGACGUACAAUACAAGCAAGAAGACACCGCUGGAGAAUUCUACAUCGAGCAUCUUCCAAGGCUCGAUGCCACUAGCCUCCGCCCUUACUUGGAUACCGGAGAUAAGGUCCGUCUGCUUGACAUGGACCCUACGAAGCUCAAGGAACUGCAGCUAGAGAGUUGUGGCUGGAACGAGGAAAUCAAAGACUACAGAGGCAAAGUCGGUGAAGUCAUCGCGGUCGACAAAGAUGGCGACGUCAAGGUCAACUUUGGCGGAGCGUCGUACUUCGUUAAUCCGCUGUGUCUCGUCAUGGAGAAAAAGAAGGAAGCUGAAGAUACCAGAGCCGGUGCUGGAGGUACAUGGGAUAAGCUCAAUGUAGGUGAAUUACUGGCCGCUCUAUACCUGAAGUCAGAGCUGGAGAAACUCGGGGAUCUGCUUGUCGGAUCAGAGGAUAGAUCGAGCGGUGCUGUUCUCUUCCGGGCGGCUGCUGUUGGCGACACCAACAAAGUGCGAAGGAUCAUCAAUGAUCAUCCAGAUGCGGUAAAAUUUCAGAAUUACAAAAGACAGACGGCACUGCAGGCAGCCGCUCAUCGUGGUCACGUGGAUGCGGUGAAUGUAUUGGUCAAGUAUAAAGCACCACUCGAACAGCAGGAUAAGGACGGUGACACUGCAUUAAGCUAUGCUGUACUUGGUAACAAACCGGAUAUUGUCAUAAAUCUUCUCCUUGCCGGGAGCAACAUAAACGCAGCCAAUAACAAUGGUUUGACACCACUCCACCUUGCUUCUGCUGAAGGUCACGAGGCAUGCGCAGAGGUGUUGCUCAGAAAGCAGAAUUGCGAUGUCAACUACCAAGACAGUAAUGGUAACUCGCCACUAUUUCUCGCAAUUGCCAAGAACAACAAGCAGAUCAUCCAUUGGCUGAUAAACCACCCACAAACUGACCUCCGUCAGGUGAACAAGAAGGGAUUCAACAGUUUGCAUCACGCCACGGCCUGCCGAAACAGUUUUGCUGUGGAAGGGAUUCUAAGAAAGUUGCCAAACCUGAUCAAUGUUGUCAAAAGGGACGGCUCCUCGGCACUGCACAUUGCUGCCUCAAACGGACUGACUGAAAUCAUCUUGAUCCUCGUCACACAGACGGUGUAUGACGGCUUGCUUCUGGGGGUAGAGCAACGGGUCAUUGACUGCGGCAAGUGGGUGCUGGAGUUACAUAACCAGCAAUCUGCGGCGGACUUCGCCUUAAAGUUCUCCAAACCUUGA